AUGAAAAGAUCUGGUUGGGUGAUGGAUGUUGUUGCACAUCAUUUUCUUCACCCACCCACAUACAUAACCAUGUCAAAAACACUCGAGGCGAUCAAGUACACAAGCGGCAAUUUGCAAAUCUUGAAUCAGUUGGCCCUUCCACACGACACUAUCUUUGAACCUGUUAUCAAUGUCCAAGAUGGUCAUGCCGCCAUCAAGACCAUGAAGACUCGUGGUGCUCCUGCUAUUGCCAUUGUGGCCGCCUUAUCACUUGCUGUCGACGUCAACGCUCGUCGUUCCAAGAACGAGUUCAAAACAGUGGAUGAUGCUGUUCGCUUCUUACACGAGUCACUUGAGUACUUGAAAACAUCUCGGCCUACAGCUGUCAACUUGUUCGAUGCUGCUGCCAAGUUGGAUCAAUUGGUCAACACUGUUGCACGUGAUGCCACCGAACCCAAUGUUGUAGUGGAUGCCUAUAUUGCAGCUGCCGAGAAGAUGUUAGUGGAUGAUGUACAAGACAACAAGAACAUUGGCAAAUACGGUGCUGAAUAUAUCGUGGAGCAUGUCAAAGAUAAGAGCAACAUUAGUGUAUUAACGCAUUGCAACACUGGUUCAUUGGCUACUGCAGGAUGGGGCACAGCUCUCGGCAUUAUCCGUGACCUUCAUCACAAUGGCAAUCUCAAGCAUGCUUUUUGUACUGAAACUCGUCCUUACAACCAAGGUUCACGCCUCACCGCUUAUGAACUUGUCUAUGAAUCCAUCCCUGCUACUUUGAUUUGUGAUUCCAUGGCAUCCGCUCUUUUACGUCUCAACCCAAGUGUGCAAGCUAUCAUUGUUGGUGCUGAUCGGGUGGCAGCCAAUGGUGACACUGCUAAUAAGAUUGGCACCUAUCAACUCGCCAUCACUGCCAAGCAUCAUGGUAUCCUUUUCGUGGUAGCAGCUCCUUCUACUUCUAUUGAUCUUUCCAUGGCUAGCGGCAAGGAGAUUGUGAUUGAGGAACGACCUGCCAAGGAGUUAGUGACCACAACGGGUGUUUUGGAGGAUAAAUCAAGUGCAACUGUACGCACGGCUGCUGAAGGCAUUCAAGUCUGGAAUCCAAGCUUUGAUGUCACUCCAAGUGAAUUGAUCUCGGCUAUUGUCACUGAAAAAGGAGUCGCUGUCAAACAACCAGGUCAUACUGAGUUUGACCUUGCUGCUUUCCUUGCAUAG